AAUAGCUCCUGUGUGUAUAAAAGAAGUCCCUUCCCAAUUCUUAGAAACCAAAGCCUUAAUUAACUCCAACAAGUUGCAAUUGCCUUGUGAUAUUUUCUCUCUACUUUCAUUCCAUAGGUACACAAACAAACAACCAUGUCAGGUCUCUCCAAUGGCCACUCCUUCCAAAUCCCCACCGUCAAGUUCAACAAGCUCUUCAUCAAUGGACAAUUUGUCGAUUCCCUUUCAGGAAAGGAGUUUGAGACAAUUGAUCCAAGAACAGAAGAGGUGAUUGCAAGGAUCUCUGAGGGAACAAAAGAAGACAUUGAUGUUGCUGUCCAAGCGGCACGUGUCGCUUUUGAUAGCGGUCCAUGGCCUCGCAUGCCUGGCGCUGAAAGAGGAAGAAUUAUGAUGAAAUGGGCAGAGCUAAUUGAUCAAAACAUAGAAGAAAUAGCAGCACUAGAUGCCAUUGAUGCUGGAAAGUUAUUCCAAUGGUGUAAGAACGUUGACAUUCCUGGAGCAGCAAACACUAUACGGUACUAUGCUGGUGCUGCUGAUAAAAUUCAUGGUGAGGUGUUGAAACAUUCUCGGGAGAUGCAUGCGUAUACUCUAUUAGAACCAAUUGGUGUUGUGGGACACAUCAUUCCCUGGAACUUCCCUAGCACCAUGUUUGUUGCCAAGGUUGGUCCUUCCUUAGCUGCUGGUUGCACAAUGGUUCUCAAGCCUGCUGAACAAACACCACUUUCAGCUUUGUUUUAUGCUCAUUUAGCUAAGCAGGCUGGAAUUCCAGAUGGAGUGCUCAAUGUAGUGCCCGGAUUCGGUCACACUGCAGGUGCUGCAAUAAGCUCUCACAUGGACAUUGAUAAGGUCAGCUUCACUGGUUCAACAGAAGUAGGCAGACAAGUAAUGCAAGCUGCUGCUAAGAGUAAUUUGAAACCAGUUUCACUUGAAUUAGGAGGCAAGUCACCCCUUGUAAUCUUUGAUGAUGCUGAUGUGGAUAAAGCUGCUGAGCUUGCUCUCUUGGGCAUUCUAUUUAACAAGGGAGAAAUUUGUGUUGCCGGCUCCCGUGUAUUUGUUCAGGAAGGAAUCUAUGAUGAGUUUGAGAAGAAGUUGGUGGAGAAAGCAAAAGCUUGGGUAGUUGGUGAUCCUUUUGAUCCUAAAGUUCAACAAGGGCCUCAGGUUGACAAAAAGCAAUUUGAAAAAAUACUUUCUUAUAUUGAGCAUGGAAAAAGAGAAGGGGCUACCCUUUUGACAGGGGGUAAAAGAGUGGGCAACAAGGGCUACUACAUUGAACCUACAAUUUUCUCCAAUGUUAAGGAGGACAUGCUUAUAGUUCAGGAUGAAAUAUUUGGCCCUGUGAUGGCCCUGAAGAAGUUUAAGACUAUAGAAGAAGGAAUUAAAAGUGCCAACAAUACCAGAUAUGGUCUAGCAGCAGGCAUUGUGACCAAGAGCUUGGAUACAGCAAACACUGUGUCAAGGUCCAUUCGUGCAGGCGUUGUUUGGAUAAACUGCUACUUUGCCUUUGGGAAUGACAUUCCUUAUGGAGGUUACAAGAUGAGUGGAUUUGGAAGAGAUUUUGGAUUGGAAGCACUACACAAGUAUCUACAAGUUAAAUCUGUUGUGACUCCCAUUUACAAUUCUCCUUGGCUUUGAAAGUUUUUUGUGUGCCUUCUUUCUGUGUAAACAAUAGUGAACGAUACCAGAGUUUUCGUAUAAGUACUUCAUCAAGGCAAUAAAAUGGUCCAUACAACCAAUUUGACGUGUAUAUCUUUCCUAAUUAUAAAAAGCUCACUGCUAAAGCUUGAAACAUUUUGCUCUA